UGUCGAGUUUAAUGAAAAUCAAUGGUCAACGAUUUCAUGGAGGUUCGUGGUGCUUUGUCGUUUGGUGAUAAAAAUCAACAAUUCACAUCCGCGUUUUAAAUUGAUUAAACUUGGCACGCUUCGCGGUUUAUUAUAUAUACAAUCGUUGGAACCGUAUUAGUGUGAUAGCAGCAAAAUGGCAGCAAGCGAGUCCACAUCGGAUGAGAGCCUUUAUCCUAUUGCCGUUUUAAUUGACGAAUUAAAAAAUGAGGAUGUUCAGUUACGUUUGAAUUCUAUCAAGAAACUUUCUACGAUUGCUCUUGCUUUGGGUGUUGAGCGUACACGCAGUGAGCUCAUUCCAUUCUUAACAGAAACAAUUUAUGAUGAAGAUGAAGUACUUUUGGCACUUGCCGAACAAUUGGGAACAUUCACGCCUUACAUCGGUGGACCGGAAUUUGUAUAUCAUUUAUUGCCACCAUUGGAAUCAUUGGCAACAGUUGAAGAGACAGUUGUAAGAGAUAAAGCAGUUGAAUCUUUACGUAAUAUUGCUCUUCAACACAGUCCAGCUGAUUUGGAAGAACAUUUUGUUCAUCUUGUUGAGCGUUUAGCAUCAGGCGAUUGGUUCACGUCGAGAACAUCAGCAUGUGGAUUAUUCAGUGUUUGUUAUCCACGUGUUAAUCCAACAAUAAAAGCAGAAUUACGAAAUCAUUUUCGUAAUUUAUGUCAAGACGAUACACCAAUGGUGAGGCGUUCAGCCGCAUCGAAAUUAGGAGAAUUUGCAAAAGUCGUUGAAAUUGAAUAUUUAAAAUCUGAUUUGAUACCAAUGUUUAUAAUACUCGCUCAAGAUGAACAGGAUUCAGUUCGUCUAUUGGCAGUUGAUGCAUGUUUUAAUAUUGCAACAUUAUUACAACAAGAGGACGUUGAACAGCUUGUAAUGCCAACAUUACGUCAAUGUGCAUCCGAUCAAUCGUGGCGUGUACGUUAUAUGGUCGCUGAUAAAUUUACAGAUUUACAAAAAGCCGUUGGUCCUGAAAUAACAAAAACAGAUUUAGUCUCGGCAUUUCAAUUAUUGCUUAAAGAUACUGAGGCUGAGGUGAGGGCAGCUGCCGCCGAUAAAGUUCGUGAUUUUUGUCAAAAUUUAGAAGCAUCAAAACAAGAAUCAAUUAUAAUGACUGAUAUUUUACCUUAUAUCAAAGAGCUUGUCGCCGAUCCAAAUCAACAUGUUAAAUCAGCAUUGGCCAGUGUUAUUAUGGGUCUCAGUCCAAUUCUUGGUAAACAUAAUACAAUUGAGCAUUUAUUACCAUUAUUUUUGUCGCAAUUAAAAGACGAAUGUCCCGAGGUACGUCUUAAUAUUAUCAGUCAUUUGGAUUGUGUUAAUGAAGUCAUUGGAAUUCAACAAUUGUCACAAUCACUCCUGCCAGCCAUUGUUGAACUUGCUGAGGAUUCGAAAUGGCGAGUUCGUUUGGCGAUUAUUGAAUAUAUGCCAUUGUUGGCCGGUCAGUUGGGCGUUGAAUUCUUUGACGAGAAAUUGAAUUCUUUAUGCAUGACUUGGCUCGUCGAUCAUGUUUACGCGAUCAGAGAAGCGGCGACACUCAACUUAAAGAAAUUAGUAGAAAAAUUCGGUUCAGAAUGGGCACAGAAUACAGUCAUACCCAAAGUGUUAGCAAUGUCAAGGGACCAGAAUUAUCUUCAUAGAAUGACAUGCCUUUUCUGCAUUAAUGUAUUAGCUGAAGUAUGCGGUCCAGAAAUCACAACAAAAGUGAUGCUUCCAACUGUAUUAGCGAUGGCAAAUGACAAUGUAGCAAAUGUCAGGUUUAAUGUUGCCAAAACCCUUCAACGUAUUGGACCUUAUCUAGAACCUAACGCUGUGCAAACGCAAGUUAAACCCGUACUAGACAAACUCAACACUGACAGUGAUGUCGACGUAAAGUAUUUUGCCUCGGAAGCAAUCGCCGGAAUUGCAGCAUAAUUGAAAUAGGACAACCGAGUGCAUUGUAUGAGUAACGAACAACAUGCGACAUCAGAUUUAAUACAUAACGAAAAAAAAAAGUAAAAAAAAAAAAAACAAAAAACAAAAAUAUAUAAUAAUAAUUAAUAAACAAGCAGAUACACUGAUCACACUAUUUCCAUUCGCUAUACACGGAAAAAAGCGUAUAUUAUUAACUGCACAGGCAGGUUAAAAUCCAACAUGAAAUUUUUCGAGUUAGCGAUUAACCGUUGAAUAAUAUUUUUAGUUCUGUUGUAUUUGUAUAUCUAUAAUGAUGUAUUAAGGUCGAAUAAUCAAUUUAAUUAUUGGUAUCAUGUAUCUCUCGUACCUACUUAAGUCUUAACGAUUAAUAAAGAAAAUGACUCAGAA